UGUUCAGAAACUGCUGCGUGUGUGCUUUUCCCCCGACAUGUUGGCCCGGGUGCUUUAUCAUUCAAUUUGGCUGUUCUAAACGCUAGGCAGUUCCUUUCUGCUCGUGUGCACAAGACAGUUCGCACCGUGCGCCGGACUCUGCUUCAUUCGGCUGCAACAGUCGUAUCGACCGUGGUGUCUGUCACGAAAGCCAUUAAAGUCAAAGAAGAGGCUCCUGGCUGUGAAGACGUCAAGGGCAAACACGCUUCUGAGAAUGAUUCGUUCACCGUGGGGCAGCCGAUGGCACACCCGCACCACGAGAAGAAGUAUGAGUGCCGGUUCUGCCCUUUCUCCAGCUGUCAAAGUGCGGGCAUCAAGAAGCAUGAAAGAACGCACACGGGCGAGAAGCCCUUCAGCUGCCGCAUCUGCCACAGAGUGUUUGCACUGAAGGGUAACCUGCAGGUUCACGAGAGAAUUCACACAGGUGAAAAGCCGUUCAGGUGCCAGACUUGCCAGAAGGCAUUUUCACACAAAAAUAGCCUGCAGGCUCACGUGAGGCUUCAUACGGGGGAAAGGCCGUUUAAGUGCCAGACUUGCCACAUGGCAUUUGUGGCAAGCAGUGACUUGAAGCGUCACAUAAGAGUCCACACGCGUGAAAAACCAUACAAGUGCGGAACGUGUGGGGCCGCGUUUAUCCGGCGGCGCCAGUUGAGGUGUCACGAGGUACUUCACGGUGGAGACCCACCAUUCCAUUGCAAGCAGUGUGGCGAAAAAUUUGUGCAGCAAGCUUAUUUAAAUGCUCAUCAAAAGGAGCAUCAUCCGUGAGGGACAUCCGUCAUGUAGUAAAGGGAAGUGUAGCUUGGCUUAUUUGUAGUGUCGUUUUACCCUUUUAUUCAAGACCAUCUUGGUUGGACCACCUGUAACUGAUUGUUUCAUAAAUCAUCUAUUACCUGCCAGUACUGGCUGCCUUUUAACACUAUAAAAGUCAGAACUGCAAAGGGAACCAUCACUAAUAGAGAACCAUUAAGUCACCAUUGUAAUGAGCAUAUACCAUAUUUUCCAAUAUGUAAAUCACAUCUGUGCAUUAGUCACGCUGAGCUAUAAACGGCUGUUUACAUUCAAACUUUGGUAUAUAGGCCGCACCUUUGUACAAGUCACACCUUAUAUUUGUAUGACAAUAAUAAUAAUAAUGUUUAUUCCCACGUUUAAUGGUGGAGCAAAGGGUAAGAACCUCAGUGGAGGCUUGACUAGCCCUUAGCACUAUACAUUGGCUUAGCAGCUAAAAAAAAAAAAAAUUAUUACAUGGUAACAAUAUCAAAUACAUGCACUGCUGUUUCAAACACGAAAUAAGAAAAAUACGGGAAUACAUGUUAUCUAACAGAGAUCACUAGCAUACACAAAAAGUUGAAGUGAGUUGCCGAAGUUGCUAGUACAGAAAAAACAAUCGCAGGGCCUUGUAAAAGAUAAUCUCUAAGCCAUGUUUUUUUUCUAUAAGGAAGUUUAACAGUUUAGGCAUAAUAUAAUGUAGCAUUUGAGUACCAUAUUUAGUAUGACAAGGAAUGACAAUUCAAUAUUCCAUGUGUCUAGUAAAGUAGACGAGUUGAUUUGGUGUCAAUACCGCAAGGUUUGAGAGUAAUCUAUAGUGUUUUUUUUUGUUUCUAGUUUUAAACUCUGUCAUAAUUUGUAUUCAUUGAGGUCAGACAUUUUUAACACUUUAAAAUUCUCAAACAGACUAUCUGUAUGAAAAUCAUAAGGCACAUUAGAUUUUAUUGUUAUAACUUUUUUCAGCAACAAAAAUAAUUUUGGAAGUUUGUAAACAUUGUUUUUACUUUAGACCAAGCUGCAGUAGUGAAGGGGAGAAAAAAAUAAAUAAAGAAUUGUAAAUUAAUAGCUUCACAUUGACUGGGAGUGUUUUACUGUUACAAAAUGUUAGUCCUGUAAUGCUUGAUUGGCACGGCAAAGAUGAAUUGAAAAGCCCGCAUAUGUCAACAAAUCGUAUGAGAAAUAUGACCACUGUGGCAAUUUUUCAUAGUUGAGGCCCCUAGUUUUAGAAAAUAUUCCAUAUAAGUUGCAUCCUUGUAAAAAUGCACUGACGGAAAUUUUUUAAAAACAAAAAGUGACUUGCACUAGGAAAUACGGUAGGUGCAUUUUUGUUCUGCCAUGCCCCAGAGUGCUUUAUUUUCUACCAUUCCUGGAUACUUCUGGCUGAACACAUUUCGUGACACUGCACUCAAGCAGCUGGGCACGUGCUGAAGCAAAUGUAGAGCAUGAGAUGAAACCAGAAAGUUUCCAUAAAAUAUUUUAAAACCAGAUAUAUAUUUGUGCAGUAGGUGGUCUUCAACCAGCUCUCACAACAACUCCUUCAUCAUAAUGUAAUUGAAAUAACAAUAUUAUUUGAUUAUGUGAACCAAGCUCUGCCAUCUAAAAUUCAUUCACCUAUGUAAAUGAUUAUCCUUGUAAGUAUGCUUAUUAUGCAUUUGUGUUGUAUUUCUUGCAUUAGUUUUUAUCUUUCAUUAGCUUUUUGUAUCUUGAUGUAACCUUUUGUGUUUGUUUUGCAUGCUACACAGCAGAUCAGCAGAGGUUUGUGUUCAUGAAAAAAAAGAAAGUAAAUAUUGUCUUAGUAUUCCUUAGUAAUCUUUCAUUUGUGGCAUAAACCUCCUUCCAGCAUAGGAAUGUGCUAAGACGAGUUAAGAAAGAACUAUGACAAGCAAACAUUUAUGCUUGGAAUUGAAAUUGUAAAAUCUUAUAUGCAAAAUCACAGAUCUUGUUUUAUAGUUUCCAAUUAUUGACACCUUUUGUUUUGUUCAAGUAUGGUUAAGGUAUGCUUAUCAUUAUUGUUUUUUCACUUUGCAGAGCAAUGCAUUGUCUGUGUUUUGUGAGGUAACUACUAAAUUCUGAACAAGUGGCUUCUAUCAAGACCAUUAAUUUCAGUAUGCAUUGAUUACCAUCAUACCAUUUAGUCCUGUCAAACAAAACAUUUGUCAUGCUCUUUUUAUUCACAGCUCUUCUGUAACGUGGAAUCACUUGGCUAGAGCCAAAUCUUUGUUAACUCGAGUUUUUGAGCUGAUGGGUCUGAGUUGUUUUUGGUAAAGUGUUGUACAGUUGUUCUUUGUUCUUGUUAUGUUGCCAUGGUCUUUGUUUUUAUUUUUAUUCUUAUGUGCCUUACCACAGUACUCUGUAAUGUUUUUGGACCUGAAGGUAACUAAAUAAAUAAACACAAGGAGAAAGUGAAAGUGCCAGACAAAUACAACCCUGCAUAUCUUCAGUUCUUUUACUUUGUCGCUGUGUAUUUUUUUUUUUUUUGCUUACUGAAUAAAUUAACAAACACAAGGAGAGAAUGGAAGUGCCAAAAAGAUACAAACCUGCAUUUGUCCAGUUUUACUCUGUCCUUGCGUUGUUUUUCA